AUGAACUUUCCAAGGCACGACAUGCCAGGCAUGGAUAUGGGCGACGACUCAUCCGGCUCCUCGUCGUCGUCGCACGGGUCAAGCAUGAUGACCAUGGUCUUCCAAACCGAAACUCGCACACCGCUGUACGCCAACUCGUGGACACCAAAUAAUGCAGGUUCCUAUGCGGGGACAUGUAUUUUCCUGGCUGUUCUUGCCAUCAUUGCGCGGGCCCUCGUCGCAUUCAAAGCUGUCCAAGAAGCUCGCUGGCUUGAUCGCGAAGCUGCGCGCCGUUACGUGGCUGUCAAUGGCAAGAUCCCCUUGUCGGAGCAGAUAGCUUCCAGCCCCGACGCGCGCCGCAUGACCCUCUCGGAGAACGGUCUCGAAGAAACCGUCGUAGUUGUGGAAAGGAAACGAGCAGCGACGAGACCGUGGAGGUUCAGUGUUGACCCGGUUCGGGCAUGUCUUGAUACCAUGAUCGUCGGGAUUGGAUAUCUUCUCAUGUUGGCCGUUAUGACGAUGAAUGUCGGCUACUUCCUCUCCGUCCUGGCUGGUGUCUUUGUUGGCAGCCUAGCCGUCGGUCGAUACAUACCAACAGUCGAGCAUUAG